AAAUCCGUUUUUCGCUCCGUAAUCUAGGUCUUCUGAAAGUGCAACUCUUCAGUAGAGAAAGGUGGCGUUUUCUGUGAUGGAUUCAAGCUUUGUGCAACUCUCCAGGAUACAAGAGUGAUAGUAAAUCAGUUUUGAAAGGUUUCCAAGUUUGAAGCAACUCUUUGGAUCAACGUCCACAAGCUAAUUACUACAAAUACAAACAUACCCUCUGAGCUCAAGUUUGUGAAGCUUUCUCUUGAAGACAGUUCAUUCAGCCACAAGCUAUGGACAAGAUUCGUAGCUGGUGGGAGGUUCCAUGCAUAGCCCACUACUGCCACAUCUUCCAAAAGCCCUUCAAACUACCACCCGUCGAAAUUGAGGAACUAGAGGAUGCCUUACUGCUUGAUUGCUCCCCGAAUCCAUCAAGUAUCUUGGUGGAACUCUACUGUGUAUUUCUGAACGGGAUUGUAGGCAAGGACAUAAACUCUGAGAAUUGGGAGUUCUUUCUAAAGCUGCAUUUCGAAUGGCGUUGUGAAAAUUUGGGCCAGAAAUGGAAUCCUUUCUCGGGGAACAAGCCGUACAAAGACUUGAGCAUCAGAACCAAAGUGGAUAUACUACACAAGCUCUGUCACUGGAGGCUGGAACUUGACGACAUUGCUGAAUUACUCAGAGGUAUGGAUGGAACCAGUCUAAGAUUAGACCCUCUAGGUAAGGAUCAAGAUGGCAACACUUACUGGCACUUCUUUGGAAUGAGGCUCUACAAGGAGGAGCCAAAGAAAAAGAAAAAGAAAGAGGUGUCUGACGAUACAAAAAAGGGGCGAGGCAAGACCACCCCUGGGAAGGCCGGAAAGGGGCGUGGCACUCCUGGUAGGCGUAAGGUCAAAGAGCGGAGCACCCCUGAGGAGAAUGAAGAGGGUGGGUCAGAACCAGAGACCCAGGACAGUCAGGAGACACCUAUCAGCUCGCAAACCAGUACACCCAGACUGAGCACAGCUACCAGCACCACUGGAUGGAGUGUCGUGUUUGAUAGCCUCGAGGAGUGGGAGGAGUUCACCGAUUCAUUCGCCCGUGUCAAGCUCAAAGAUGUUCGUCUCCUUUUUAGCAAUCUCUCAGAACUCCUCCCUCACAUAGAGUACUUGGACGGGGUGAAGCACAAAGAGGAGAAAAGGAAACUCCUUGCAGAGUUACCGCGUAGAACCUCAGACAGAAUUGCCGUCAAAGCUGCCGAAAAAGAUGAAAUGGAUAAACUGAUGGCUAUGGAGAGAGAAAUGGAGAGAGAGGAAAUGAGGAAAAUCGAUGCUGAAGAGCAGCGAUUGGCCGAGGAGGAAGCCGAUAAAAAAAGGCAACAAAAACGAGAGGAGGCUCUCCAGAGACGCAAGUCACGGGAGGAGCAGCAAUCUAAGCAGAGAGAGGCUGAAGAGGAGAACUGGGAGAAGGCUAUGAGUGGGGAGCUCACCGGACGAAGGAAGGCAGCCAUUGAGUCUGCUUUCACAGAUACCCUACUAGUUGAGGAGAGGAACGAGCUCACCACUGCCAUGUACAAGAUUUUGGGUGGUCUGCGUAACCAAGAGGACGGCUGGAUCUUUGAGGACCCUGUGACAGAGUCUAUAGCCCCAGGCUACUUUGAGGUGAUUGACAUACCUAUGGACUACUCAACUGUGGAGAAACGUGUGGAGAGUAACUACUAUCAAGACAAAGACCAGUUUCUGAAGGAUAUGGAAGUUAUCUACAAAAAUUGUAUCGAAUACAAUGGAGAGGACAGCGAUUAUGCUGAGCUGGCACAGGAGAUGCUCAAAACCCUGGCCACCCUCUCCAAGACCCACUUUGAGGGGGGAUGGCAAGACCCUGCCGAGGAGGAGGACGUUGGUUCUGGUCGUAAGAAGAAGCGACCCAACUCCCCCUCACCCGAACUGACCUCUGAGAGCUCCAGUGAGGAAGAGAGUGACGACAGUGAUGAAUCAUUCGAGGCAGGUUCAAAGAAGGCUAAGAAGAGAAAGAUAAUGAGAGAUCCGUCUGCCAAAACGAUGUCACUGCCCCCUGGCUUUGACGACAAACUAAACGCUCUGAGACCCCCACACGGCCACCCGCAGAUGACCCCCCAACUCUACCAUCAUCUAAUGCAGCAGAGAAUGUUAAUGAUGGGCCCAGACAGACGCCCCAUGAUGGGGCCUGAUGGAAGACCCAUGAUGGCGCCUGUUGGAAGACCCAUCAUGGGGCCUGAUGGACACCCCAUGAUGGGGCCUGAUGGAAGACCUAUGAUGGCACCUGCUGAUGGACGCCCCAUGAUGGGGCCUGAUGGAAGACCUAUGAUGGGGCCUGAUGGAAGACCCAUCAUGGGGCCUGAUGGAAGACCUAUGAUGGGGCCUGAUGGAAGACCCAUGAUGGCACCUGCUGAUGGACGGCCUAUGAUGGGGCCGAGUGGUGGGCGGCCUAUGAUGGGCCCCGAUGGUCGACCAAUGUACCCUCCAAGAGAUGCAAGCUUCAGGAUGCCUCCACCCUACCCUGGACAAAGACCACCACACUACAGGCCAGAAAUGAGAAUGGCCUUUCCUGGACACUAUCCUCCCGACGGCAGACCUAUGGUUGGACCAGAUGGACGACCAAUGAUGCCUGGUGGAAGACCGAUGAUGGAUAAUCGAUUUAUGCUCGGAGCUGAUGGGAGACCAGUGAUGGGACCUGAUGGACAGCCUAUGGCCGCUGCACCUGAUGGCCGACAUAUGAUGGAUAAUCGAUACAUGAUGAGACCUGACGCAAACCCAAUGAUGCAAUUUGGGAGACCUAUGAUGGGGCGUGAUGGAAAACCUUACAUGAUUGGACCGGAUGGAAAGCCGAUGGCAAUCAACAGAACAAAAGCUAACACUGAAACACAAGCUGCGAAUGAUACCGACAAGAAACUCGCUGAAACCCCUGAGGGGAAAUCGACUGAUGAGAAAACUACAGAAGAAGAACCUAUGGAUCAAAGCGAGAAACCUCAGGACGAUACUCAAUCUGCCAAGUCUGAACAGAAACCUAUUGAAAGAAAUCGAAUACCGAUGGAUCCAAAUGGUGCUCCCGCAAUGGGGCCUGAUGGAAGACCAUUAAUGGAUAGUCGAUAUAUGACUGGCCCACCAGAUGGCAAGCCUAUGAUGCCUGCCAGUCGAUCUAUGGUGGGUCCUGAUGGACGACCUAUGAUGGGUCCAGAUGGACAGCCUAUGGUGGGUCCAGAUGGCAAGCCUAUGAUACCUACCGGUCGACCUAUGGUGGGGCCCGAUGGACGAUCUAUGGCGGGGCCCGAUGGACGACCUAUGAUGGGUCCAAAUGGACAGCCUAUGAUGCCUGCCAGUCGGCCUAUGGCGGGUCCAGAUGGCAAGCCUAUGAUACCUACCGGUCGACCUAUGGUGGGGCCCGAUGGACGAUCUAUGGCGGGGCCCGAUGGACGACCUAUGAUGGGUCCAAAUGGACAGCCUAUGAUGCCUGCCAGUCAGCCUAUGGUGGGUCCAGAUGGCAAGCCUAUGAUACCUACCGGUCGACCUAUGGUGGGGCCCGAUGGACGACCUAUGAUGGGUCCAGAUGGACAGCCUAUGAUGCCUGCCAGUCAUUCUAUGGUGGGGCCCGAUGGACGACCUAUGAUGGGUCCAGAUGGACAGCCUAUGAUGCCUGCCAGUCGGCCUAUGGUGGGUCCAGAUGGCAAGCCUAUGAUACCCACCGGUCGACCUAUGGCGGGGCCCGAUGGACGACCUAUGAUGGGGCCAGAUGGACAGCCUAUGAUGCCCCAACAACACCCUCACAUGGCUGCGUACUACCAGCAAUUAAUGAUGCACAGACACUACCAACAACAAAAAUACUCGUCUCACUCCAUGCCUCACCGACAGCACCCUAACUAUCCACCCCACCACUCUGUUUCUCCUGGACUACACUCACACUCUCCAGGCCUCAAACCACAAGCCAGCUCUCCAAACCUGAAACAGCAGUCAAAUUCACCAAGUUUGAAACAACAGGCCAGCUCUCCAAGCUUGAAACAGCAAUCUAGUUCCCCCAGCUUGAAGCAACAGACUGACUCUCCAGCACCUGAAACGUCUAAACGAACAAAAUCUCCCAAACCCGAGAAAGAGACCGAAUCCGUUCAGGCCUCCUCCUCUCCAGCCCCUACCUCUCCCAAGCAAACCACCUCUCCUAUGCAAACAUUACCCAAACCCACACAACCACAGCUGACCUCUCAGUCUAAUGCCCAGGACAAGCUGAAGGAGGCUACUCCAAGCACAGAUGAAGGCCACGGCUCUAUGCCUAGUCCGCUGCGUUCCAACUCCACUAGCAGUGCUGACCCUGAUGACGUGAGACAGAGGCAACAGGCAGAGCAGCAUGAGAGAUACAGGCAACACAUGAUGGCAAUGCAGCAGAGAGCACCCUCCUACCCUGGAGGGGGCGGCUAUGGCUACCCCCCUACUGAGCAAUCCCCUGAGCAAAUGGCAGCCUACUAUGCCUGGAAGAAUAGUAUGUACCACCAGGAGAUGGACUACAUGCACCAACAACAGCAGCAGCAGCAGCAGGCACGGUACUGGCAGGAGAUGGAGAUGAGGCAGAACUACGAGGCCGCGAUGAGACAAAAGAUGGCAUAUGAGCAGAAGCAAGGUAUGAUGCCUAGACCUCCCACUGACUACCCUCAGAAUGGAGAGAAGAGCAAUGGGGCAGAGGCUCCAGGCAAGGCCCACCCCCCACCACACACAUAUCCACCACAACACCCUGGAAUGAACGGCUACGCUGCUGGUAUGAACCGAAUGAUGGAGUACCCACCCUAUUCACACUCUGCUCAAGGCUACGGCUAUGAGUCACCCUAUCCUCAGUAUCCACACCCUCAGCAAGGAACAUCUGGACCGCCUAGUAAACCUAUACCACCUCAAAAUGGCACCCCAGGCCCAGACAAAGCAUCAAACACAGAAGGCCCCGAGAGUGAACAAAGUUAACAGCUAUUAAACUUGACACUAAUACAGGCUUCAACUCAACUUUUAUUAAUUCUAUCUUUUGUGGUCUCUAACUCGUGUAUAUAUGUACAGUAAUUAUUAUUUUAAAUUUAUCAUCUUUAAACAGAAACUAGAUUAUUCCAAUUUGUAUACAUUGUACUUGUCUUUGUACAUUAUAUAGUUUUACACAUGA